AUGCGAGGGAAGCGCCGCUGCAGCUCAGAUGUGAUUUUUGCACCGUUUUUGCGCAAAAGGAGCGAGCGGGAUUGGGGGUUACGAGCAGAGGACCAGUGUUGGAUCAAAGAGACCUCUGCGCUCAAAGGGUCGCACACACAAGAAGGAAACAUGACAUCCACAAAAUACAAGAAGGAUAAGGAAAUCAUCGCGGACUACGAGACCCAAGUGAAAGAAAUCCGUAACCAGUUGGUGGAGCAGUUCAAAUGUCUGGAGCAGCAGUCGGAGUCACGGAUCCAGCUUCUCCAGGACCUGCAGGAGUUCUUCCGACGGAAAGCCGAGAUCGAGCUGGAGUAUUCCCGCAGCCUGGAGAAACUGGCCGAUCGCUUCUCCUCCAAGAUCCGCAGCUCCAGAGAACACCAGCAGUUCAAGAAGGACCAGCAUCUCCUGUCGUCCGUGAACUGCUGGUACCUGGUCCUGAACCAGACCAGGAGGGAGAGCCGGGACCACGCUACCCUCAGUGACAUCUAUACCAACAACGUCAUUGUGCGCCUGGCCCAGAUCUGUGAGGACGUCCUCCGACUCUUCAAAAAGAGCAAAGAAAUUGGAAUACAGAUGCACGAGGAACUGGUGAAAGUGACCAACGAACUCUACACUGUGAUGAAGACCUACCACAUGUACCACACAGAGAGCAUCAGCGCUGAGAGCAAACUGAAAGACGCAGAGAAACAGGAGGAAAAACAGUUCAGUAAAUCUGCGGACCUGAACGUCAACCUGCUCCGGCACGAGGACCGGCAGCCGAGGCGCACCGUCCGCAAGAUCGAGAAGAUGAAGGAGAAGAGACAAGCCAAGUACUCGGAGAACAAGCUGAAAUGCACCAAAGCUCGCAACGACUACCUGCUCAACCUGGCGGCGACGAACGCGGUGGUGGCAAAAUACUACAUCCACGACGUGUCAGACAUGAUCGACUGCUGUGACCUUGGUUACCACGCCAGCCUGGCCAGGACCUUCAGAACAUACCUCUCUGCAGAGUAUAACCUGGAGACGUCCCGCCACGAGGGCCUGGAUGUCAUUGAGGGCGCGGUGGACAAUCUGGACUCUCGCAGCGACAAGCAUAAGAUCAUGGACAUGCAUAACCAGGUCUUCUGUCCACCAGUGCGCUUUGAGUACCUGCCACACAUGGGGGACGAGGUGUGUCAGGUGAGCGCCCAGCAGCCGGUCCAGACCGAGCUCCUGAUGCGAUACCACCAGCUGCAGUCUCGUCUGACCACCUUAAAGAUAGAAAAUGAGGAGGUGAGGAAGACCUUGGACGCCACGAUGCAGACGAUGCAGGAUAUGCUGACCGUGGAAGACUUUGAUGUGUCAGAUGCUUUCCAGCACAGCCGCUCCACUGAGUCCAUCAAAUCUGUCGCCUCAGAAUCCUACAUGAGCAAAGGCAACAUGGCCAAGAGGAGGAGCAACCAGCAGGAGACGGAAAUGUUCUACUUCUGUAAAUUCAAAGAGUUUCUUAAUGGCAGUAACCUCAUCAUUAAGCUGCAGGCGAAGCACGACAUAUUAAAGCAGGCCUUAGGUGAAGGGGAAAGGGCUGAGUGUGGGACCACGAGACCCCCCAGUCUUCCCCCUAAGCCACAGAAAAUGCGGAAGACUAGACCUCGCUCCUUUUAUAGCCAUAAGCUGUUUAACGGUGACAUGGAGACAGGAAGGAGGAAUGCCCGCGCUCGCAUCCAGGACUCAGGUCAACCCAUCCCACUGGUUGUCGAGAGCUGUAUCCGCUACAUCAAUCUUUAUGGUUUGCAGCAACAAGGCAUAUUCCGUGUACCAGGGUCGCAGGUCGAGGUCAAUGACAUAAAAAACUCAUUUGAGAGAGGGGAGGAUCCACUGAUUGAUGACCAAAAUGAACACGACAUAAACUCGGUGGCAGGAGUGUUGAAACUGUAUUUUCGAGGUUUGGAGAAUCCACUCUUUCCCAAGGAGCGCUUUUUGGACUUCAUCUCCACCAUCAAGCUGGAUUCUGGAGUGGAAAGAGCCCAUCACAUCCAACAGAUUAUUGUUACUCUUCCUCACACCAUGAUUAUUGUCAUGAGAUACCUGUUUGCCUUCCUCAACCAUUUGUCUCAAUACAGUGACGAAAACAUGAUGGAUCCAUAUAAUUUGGCGAUUUGCUUCGGCCCCACACUGAUGCCAAUCCCGGACGAACAAGACCCCGUCGCCUGUCAGGCCCACGUCAACGAAGUCAUCAAGACCAUCAUCAUCCACCACGAGCUCAUCUUCCCCAGUCACCGCGAGCUGGACGGACCGCUGUAUGAGAAGUGCAUGACAGGGGGCGAGGAAUACUGUGACAGUCCUCAUAGUGAACCUGGGGCCAUUGAUGAGGCUGACAAUGGCACUGAGCCGCACACCAGUGACGAAGAAGUGGAGCAGAUUGAGGCUAUUGCUAAGUUUGACUAUGUGGGCCGCAGUCCAAGGGAGCUGUCCUUCAAAAAGGGAGCAUCUCUGCUGCUGUACCAGCGCGCCUCUGAGGACUGGUGGGAGGGGCGCCACAACGGGGUGGACGGCCUCAUCCCACACCAGUACAUCGUGGUGCAGGAUCUAGAUGACGCCUUUUCUGAUAACCUGAGCCAGAAAGCGGAUAGUGAAGCGAGCAGUGGGCCGUUAUUAGACGACAAAGGGUCUUGUAAAAACGACGAGCCGUCUCAGAGUGAACAAGCUCAUGACUAUAACUACGGAGGAUACAUGGGAAGAGUCCGUUUGCGGUCUGACGGGGCUGCAAUCCCCCGCCACCGCAGUGGGACGGACACUCAGAGCCCCACCAGAGGCACCGACACGCCGCCUCGAGCUGCGGCUUGUCCCAGCAGCCCACACAAGCUCCCCAUCAGUAAGAGCCGACUGGAUAGCCCUGAGAAGAGGCGUCUGGCCACAUUCGGCAGCUCAGGCAACGUGAAUUUCCCCGAGAGAAAGGGCUACCCAGAGGGACACCCCCUCAGGCCGGUCCCAGGAGCCACACGCCACAGCAGCCUUGGAGAUCACAAGUCACUGGAGACAGAGGCACUGGCUGAGGAUAUUGAGAAAACCAUGACUACUGCACUGCAUGAGCUACGUGAGCUGGAGCGGAAGAAUACGGUGAAGCAGGCUCCGGAUGUGGUCCUGGACACUCUGGAGCCUCUGAAAAACCCAGGUGUGAACUCUGAGCCCGGCAGCCCCCUCCACACCAUCAUGAUCCGGGACCCUGAUGCAGCCAUGAGACGCAGCAGCUCCUCCACCUCUGAGAUGAUGACCACGUUCAAACCGGCCCUCUCAGCUCGCCUGGCCGGGUCACAGCUCCGUCCCCCACCUAUGAGACCGCUUCGCCCAGCUCCAACGGCCUCCCAUCGCUCCAGUAGCUCCAGCUCGUCCGGCAUGGGCAGUCCCGCCAUCACUCCCACUGAAAAAAUGUUCCCUGUGAACAGCCCUUCAGCUUGCUCCAAUAUUAGUGAUGAUGUAAUGGAUAAGCCUGGCUCCAUGUAG